AAAAUCACUUUAUUAUAUAUAUAAGAACAAGCACCAACAACACUCUUUACUCACUCUCAUCUUAAACUUCUCAUUAAUAUUUUUUCUUCCGAAUCAAACCCUACUGCCAUGGAUUUUCAAAGCGAAGAACAAGAAACAGCAGACAGAUCAUCACUCCACAGUCAAAAUAAUGAAUCAAACCCAACCGAUACCGACCAAAACAUGAAAGAAUGGUUAAGUCUAGGUCUUAAUUACAGACCUGAUCCUGCAAAGUUGGCUGCAGACUGCAAUGAUCCUGAAGCAUCAUCAUCAUCUUCAAAACCUCCGAUUACUUCUACUGCAAGUAACACUAAUAAUAAAGUUUUUUCAUGCAAUUUCUGCAUGAGAAAAUUUUAUAGCUCACAAGCAUUAGGUGGUCACCAAAACGCACAUAAAAGAGAACGAGGAGUUGCGAAAAGGUUUCAUCAGUCUCAUCGAAUGUUGAUGGCGGGUUCAUUAGGGUUUCCUUUUAGUCCUAAUUUCUCAGGUAGAUCGCUCGGUGUUCAAGCUCAUUCGGUUCUACACAAAUCUAAUCGAGAUGGGUCUAAUUUAGUAGCUCGAUUUAGUAAUGAAAAUACGGGUUUCGGAUUGGCUUGGACGCCAUUUUUGAUCGAUGAAACUAUGGAUAUAGUUUGGCCCGGAAGUUUUCGUGUAGACAGAGAACAAGGUUCUGCAGAUUUGCAAAGGAUUGACUUAAAUCUUAGCUUGUGAUUUAUUCUGUCAAUUUUUUUUUUGUGUUAAUUUUAUUUAUGUAAUGAGUUAAUAUGAACACUCAUGAAAUAAAACCUAUACAAAUUUAAGCAAAUGUUUAUGCAAAUUAAUGAAUUAUUCCAUUUAAUGUAAA